CGGACAGCGGCGGUGGAGGGCAGCGCCUCCCGGCGGGCGGGGCGAGGGCUAUAAAUCCACCCCGCGGGAGCAGGCGGGUGGCGCUUGGAGAGCGGCGGUGGCAGAGUACGGAGAGCGGCUGUUGGGGACAGAUACCAGCUACUGACCAUGUCAACAGAGUUCCAGGAUGCUCACCUUGCAGAGGUGAAACCUCUGGUGGAGAAGGAGGAGGCUAUCACUCGCCUCCUUCCAGACUUUGAUGUUCAGGAGCAAGAUGUGGAGACCAUGCAUGGCAUGGUCCAUGUCACCAUGUGUGGGAUGCCCAGAGGGAACAGACCCGCUAUCCUCACGUACCAUGACAUUGGGUUGAAUCACAAAACUUGCUUCAAUCCUCUCUUCAACUUCGAAGAUAUGCAGGAAAUCACCCAGCACUUUGCAGUUUGCCACGUGGAUGCACCUGGUCAGCAGGAUGGGGCACCAUCUUUCCAAGCUGGGUACAUAUACCCUUCCAUGGAUCAGCUGGCUGAAAUGCUUCCUGGAAUCCUGAAACAGUUUGGGCUGAAGAGCAUUAUUGGAAUGGGAACUGGAGCUGGUGCCUACGUCCUGACCAGAUUUGCUUUAAACCACCCAGACAUGGUGGAGGGAUUGGUUCUCAUUAACGUAAACCCUUGUGCUGAAGGUUGGAUGGACUGGGCAGCAACAAAGAUUUCAGGUUGGACAAAUGCUUUACCAGACUUGGUUAUUUCACAUCUCUUUGGAAAGGAAGAGAUUCACAGCAACCAUGACCUGAUCCAUACUUACCGUCAGCAUAUUAUUAAUGAUAUGAAUCAAACCAACCUUCAUCUCUUUGUCAACUCUUACAACAGUCGUCGAGACCUGGAGAUUGAGCGUCCCGUUCCUGGAUUAAAUGUUGUCACCCUUCAGUGCCCUGUGCUCCUGGUGGUCGGUGACAGCUCCCCAGCAGUGGAUGCUGUGGUUGAAUGCAAUUCAAAGCUGGACCCAACAAGAACAACACUGCUGAAGAUGGCUGACUGUGGUGGGCUCCCCCAAGUUUCUCAGCCUGCAAAGCUUGCAGAAGCUUUCAAAUACUUUGUUCAGGGGAUGGGAUACAUGCCCUCUGCUAGCAUGACCAGGCUGAUGAGAUCCCGCACUGCUUCUGGCUCCAGUGUAACCUCCUUGGAAGGACAAAGGAGCCGGUCCCACACUGGGGAAGGCACAAGGAGUCGGUCCCACACUGGGGAGGGAACUCGGAGCCGAUCCCACACUGGAGAGGGUUCCAGGAACCGCUCCCACACAGACACACGCAUUGAGCUGACGCCGAAUUCAGCCAGCAAUGCUGAGCAAUCAGGCCCCAAGUCCAUGGAAGUGUCCUGCUAAGCGUGUGCGGGAGGUUUAAACUGGUCACAGUUUGAGAAAAUAAAGGAUGCCCCUUGUGUAUCACAAAAACAUAACUGGUAUUAAUCUCAAGCUAUUCUGUAGGAUGAGCUCUGUUCUCCAGGGUCUGAUGGGGACCAAAGAAAAGAAGCAUCUCAUUUGCUCUAUCAUUUCUCUUGUAACUCAGACAGUUGCUGCUAUUGUGCCCUCCUUCAGUGGAUGCCAAAUUCUAAAGGAAACUUGCCAAAAGCUGAUAUGGUUGUAAACACUUCAGAGUAAAACCAGACUCACUCAAUAUCGUUCUUCAAAAUCAAUUACACACCCCUUUAUUUCUAAUUCUCUUGAAGUAAACUUGCAUAAUUUGAGAUGAGCUUCAAAGAGGGGGAGAAAAUCACUAUUAUGGACGGCUUGUUCAAAAAAAAAAAAAAAAA